AUGGCAUCCGAACGUCUCGGCGCCAGACUGCGCGUUAUGGACUCGGCCGCGGGUCUCUCCUUCGCGGCCGUCGGCCGCGCGGUCGGCGGCCGCCCGGCCGCCGACUGGGCAGUCGCCGACUGUUCUCGAGACCCGAAAGCGGAACCGCCUCCGAAGCCGGAGCCGGAGCUAGGUCCGGUUCUGCGAGAGUUUGCGAGAACGCGCGGUACGCCGGAGACAAUGGCGGGAGCUCGAGUGGUGCUUUUGGGAGGGAGGGUUCUUGCGUUAGAAGGGGAGACAAUCAGGCCUUGUUGUGCGCCCGUAACAACACCUUUUGAGGCGACAAUCGGCCGGCUGAGACGGGGGUUCUUGGUGGAGGUUGUUGGUGCAGUCACAGCUGGCCGCUUCGUCGGCCCGGUCGUGGAUAGGGCCGAAACCUGCAGUCUUCGUUUCGGGAUCGUCGUGGUGUGGCUUGUCACAGCGUCAUCUUCAGGUCUCCGACGCUUGACAGAUGAGUGCAUUCAUUCGUUUCAAAACAAAAACUCGACCCCCCGCAAGACGGUUUUAAUUCCCAUGCGGCCGGACACAGUCCUUCAGCCGGACACAGUCCUUCAGCCGGACACAGUCCUUCAGCCGGACACAGUCCUUCAGCCGGACACAGUCCUGCGGACAGACCUUGUGUCGGAGGCACAGGCAACCACAGGUCUACAAGCGACGGCCCAACCGAACUGGGCAGCUACACAACAGGAGCGUGGACAGCAAGAGUGUGCACAGGAGACAUGUGGACAGGCAGAUGAGUGGGACGAGGAGCUGGUGUUCAUUGACCUGCCGGAGUUGCAUAAGACUGAGCCGAAUACAAUGUUGCAAUCCGUCCAGAUUUUGGGGUGGGGCACUCGCGACGCCGCCUUGUGUCUGAAUGAGAGGUUCCCGUUGCACGUGUUUCCGGAGAACACCGCAGGGACCCAUUGUGUGUUCCAGGUGUCACAAGACGACGAGAAAAUGAACUUGACGGGGUGGAUGACUGACAUAUACGCGGCGGAAAUCGUCACGAAGAACGCCUUGCAGACGCGGACGAUCGUGCUGGACGAUGUACUUGCGGGACGGGAGGUUCUCGGACACGAUGACGGCCACAACCGUAUAACGUAG